ACCACUCAAGACAUGCUGGCAUGAUGGCACGAACAUGACGCUGCUCUUCCGUUGAAACAUGACAAGUGCUGGUCACUGCAUGUCUCACCCUUCCGCUUCUCAUCUUACUACAAAGCCGAGAGUGUCGUGCUCUUUCUUUGUCUUUUAACAUCACCCUCAUUCCCUUAUCUGCUUCCGGCGCGACGGUGGAAAGAUUAUGACAGACUCUCCACGCCCCCAAAACUCAGCUCUCAACGACCAGACGAUGUCGGAAGCAGCACCUACCGCCCCUCCGGCGCGCGGGCAGGAAAUGCGAAAGUUCUUACAAUCGCGCCUCCUACAAAAGAACCGAGCACCACCUCUCGUGCACAGCUGGGACUUCUGGCACGCGCGUGACAAGAAAGAUGCCGCAAGCUCCAUCACCGCUCCCAACAGCGGCAACCCCGACAGCUACGAAGAUCGACUCGAAGUCCUCGCAACGGUAGACGACGUCCGCAAGUUCUGGAACGUCUUCAACAAUUUCGACAUUGGCCGUCUUGCGCUGCGCGACAGUAUCCACCUCUUCCACAAAGGCAUCAAGCCCACGUGGGAAGAUUCGCGGAAUACGCGAGGCGGCAGCUGGACUUUCCGCGUGCCCAAAGCGCAAGCCGUGCAGUUCUGGCUGGAGGUGUGCAUGAUGGCGAUUGGCGAGCAGCUCCAGGCGGCGGUGGAGAGUGAGAGGACGACGUUCAAGGACGACAUUUGCGGCGUCAGUCUGGGAGUGAGGUUCAACAGCGUGCUGAUCCAGAUCUGGAAUCGUGAUGGUGAGCAUGCGCAGGGGAUUGACAAACUACUGGUGGCUGUGAAGAAUGGGCUGAGCGAGGACUUGACGUUGAAGGAGGGAUCUUUCUACUACAAGCGGCAUAAUGAGCAUGCUGGCUUUACGGUCUCGCCGGAUGCUGUGAAUCAGAGGUCGUCGACGACGAGCAGUGCGGAUGGCAUGCAACCGUUGCAGUCGAUAGAUGCGAUUGCGAAUGAAGCUCCGGCUAGGUAGUUAACUGCGCUAGCUAAGAGCGUAUGAUGAGUGCAUGAAUGGCGAUUGAUUGAGUUUUGCU